AUGUCAUUUGCGUCCAAAGUAACGUUUGUUGCUUCUUGCGUUGCGGCCAUUGGAGUUAUUGCUUACGUACACAUUGAGCAAGCCUUAGAGCGGGAGGUAGCGAAUAAGUGCCACUGUACGAGAAGAAAUCGAGGCAACGAAAGCCCUUAUAAAAGACCGAAUAGAGUCACCGUAAUGUUCAGAACCAUUAGCGACUGCUGUGGCAUAACCGGCAAUCUUGUAGAUAUGAGUGAUCAUUUGGACGGCUUGUUUUUGAACAUUGCACAAAAUUGUCCUGACGGCAUCAGGGGAAUGCUGGACGCCUUUUUUGGGUUCCUUUCCCGCAGAACUGAUUUCUACUAUGGUGCUGCAAUAAAUGAUGCCAAGCAACUUGUUCUAGAGCAAUUCGAGAAGCACAAGACUGCCGCUCUGGACCGUCAUAAACGAGAGAAGGAGGAACUGAGAGUCAAGGAGGAACGUGAAAAACGUCGCAGAGCUGAACGCGCAGAGGAGGCUCUUCGAAAAUCUGCUGACAACGAUGUACACAGUGGCGUAGUGAUAGAGGAGGUUAAGGAUGACGAAAAGGUUGGCGAGAUGGUGAAAGUGGAGGAGGAAGGCCAGGAGUCGGCGAAAGCAAGCCCGAAGGGAGACGAUGGGAUUGAGGCGAAGGCGCCGGUUAAGCCCGUUAAAGUGGGACCCCUUGCUGAAGGGGAGGAGGAAGAUGAGGAGGACAAAGGCAAGCUGAAGCCCAACGAUGGAAAUGGCGCUGAUCUUGACCGCUAUCGAUGGACUCAAACUCUUCAAGAUUUAGAAGUUAGAAUUCCAAUAAGAAUGGGUAAGCGUAUCAAAGGCCGCGACGUUGUGGUUGAGUUCAAACGAAGGCAUUUAAAAGUUGGGCUUCGAGGUCAGGAGCCAAUUCUUCAAGGCGAACUUUACAAUGAAAUUAAGGUGUAUAUCCUUUGUGUCAAUGUGCGACUUAAAAUGCUCUUUGUGGCAUUUGCUCUUGCAUCGCUUGAACUCUCUAUUAAACAGAAAAGGGGAAAUGCAGAGGAGUCUUCUUGGACCCUGGACGACGGACUAGAGAUAGUGCUGAGUCUAGAGAAGGUCGACAAGAUGUUUUGGUGGUCAUGUGUGGUAAAGGGAGAGCCGGAGAUUAACACAAGACGCGUGCAGCCAGAGAACUCGAAGCUCGGUGAUCUGGAUGGGGAGACGCGAGGCAUGGUGGAGAAGAUGAUGUACGACCAACGCCAAAAGCAACUUGGUAAACCUACGUCUGAGGAGCAGAAAAAGCAGGAGUUACUAAAGAAAUUCAUGGACGCGCAUCCUGAAAUGGAUUUCUCUAAGUGCAGGUUCGACUAA